CACUAUCAAGUAUAUUCGGAUAUACUUGUUGCUCGCUAUUACUUUUGUUUUUGACUUUUUCUUUGGUGAUCUCGCCAAUUGACUUUUAACUCUUGUCUUCAAGUGUUAAAUUAUCCCUUGUGUGUGUGUGUAUGUGUGUUUGUAUAUAACACUCUUGUGAAAUUUUUGUGAAAAUUUUCGUGAAAUUUCUUUCAAACUGUUUUGUGUUCAGUUUCCAAUUUUUUCGAGUGAUUAAACUCCAAAAUCAUUUUAUUUGGAAAAAAAAAAAUGGCCUUCAAUAACAGUGAUCAGGGAUAUCAUUCUCUACCUUCUUCUUUGUCAUCAUCACCAAUACAACCAACAUCAUCAGGGGCAUUAUCUUCUGAAAAAAUGCCCUUGUAUCAUAGGGAUGUGAUAUAUAAUUCGCAGCCUUCUUCUUCAACACCAUCACCAACAUCAUCGAAUGAACAAUUUCAUUUUGUUCAAGCAGUUUUGCCGCCACCUCAGAAUUAUCAAUUUUAUGAUAAUUUAAUAAUUGAACCUGAGAGCAGAAAUUAUUCAAAUAAACGACGUUACGUGAGGAAUGCUGUACCAAGAUGUGUCACCAAUAAUAAUCGUCCAUCAAAUGCAAAUGUUCCAGAUGAAAAUAAUAUUGGAGAAAAAGAAAAACGUUUGAGGACAUCGUUUACCAGCGACCAACUGAUGAGAAUGGAGAAGGAAUUUGCCAUUUCCCCAUACCUAUGUCGGGUGAAGAGAGUUGAGUUGUCAAGCAGUUUGGUUCUAUCUGAGAAUCAAAUUAAAAUUUGGUAUCAAAAUCGAAGGAUGAAAGCGAAGAUGCAGUCAACAGCUGCCAAACUAAAACAUUCCAUUCUAAAGCAUAAUUCUUGUAAAUCUUCUCGUGCUUCCAAAAUGAUGGGAGGUGCUUGUCAUUUGUCUCAGGGAAAUGCUUUUGGCAAUGUGAUGUUUGUCAAUGGUGUUCAGCAGCAAUUUCAACAGCAGCAAUUUCAUCAGCCUCAAUUUCAACAGCAGCAAUUUCAACAGCCUCAACUUCAACAGCAGCAAUUUCAACAGCCUCAACUUCAACAACAUCAAUUUCAACAGCAGCAACUACAACAGCCUCAAUUUCAACAGCAGCAACUACAACAUCCUCAAUUUCAACAGCAUCAAUUUCAACAGCAGCAACUACAACAUCCUCAACUUCAACAGCAUCAAUUUCAACAGCAGCAAAUGAAUUAUUAUCAGAAUCAGAGUCAGAAUAAUCGUCAGCAGCAAUAUCAGCAACGUAAGAUGAAGAAAAUGUCUGCUGGCAAGCGAAAUGUUUGUCAACAGUCUCAGCAAGUUCCUGUUGUGAAUAUUAAGUUUGCCAACGCUGUUCGCCAACAGCAACAACAAGUACAACAGCAACUGAAGAAUAAGAACGCAGUUUACAACCAAUGCGUUGCUGUACCUGUUGCUAAUUAUCACCAUCAGCAAGUUCCUGUUGUAAAUAUGAUGUUCCCCAAUGCUGUUCAACAACAACAACAACAACAGCAAAUGAAGAAUAAGAACGUAGUUUACAACCAAUACGUUUCUGUACCUGUUGCUAAUUAUCACCAUCAGCAAGUACAUAUGACGUUUCCCGAUGCUGUUCAACAACAACAACAACUGAAUAAUAAGAACGCAGUUUACAACCAAUUUGUACCAACUGCUGAUUCCUGUCAGCAAAUUCCUGUUGCAAAUAUGAUGUUUGACGAUGCUGUUAAACAACAACAAUUGGAGGAUGUGAACCAAUGCAUUUCCAAUGAUGCAUCCAAUGUUAAGGAUAAAUCAAUAUUAAAGAAGGCAAUUCAUAAAAUUUUGGUUGCUAAAUGUGUAAAAUCUCUGGAAAAAUCAUCUACCGAUGAUGUUCAACAACAACCAAAGGAUGUGAACAAUCAAUGCGUUUCCAAUGCUGCACCUAUUGAUGAUUCUUAUUUACCCAGUGCUGAAUUUAAUUUAAUAAUGGAUGAGGAUAUUGUUGAAAUUUUGGGUGCUGACAAUAUGACAUCUUCUGCAAAAUUAUUUGUAGGUAUGAUUGCCGAUGAUUUUCAACAGAAGAAAAUGGAUCAAUCGCCUGGAAAUUCAUCAAACUCUUUCAAUAAUCAGGAGCAAAUUUCCCAAUAUCAGGAUAUAAUUGAGAUAAUUAGUAAUGAUUCUCAAUUAUCUCCAACUUGUUCUGAUGAAAAUGGAAUCAAUGCCGAUUGUAUUCAACAACAAGUUAAUUACAACUAUUCAGGUGAGAAUAGUUCAAUCUGCAACAAGUUUAUGAAUUCAAAGAAAGAAGUUUUAGAUGACAUUCAUGAUUUUUUACAUUUUAAUUAAUAUAAUUUUAUCUGUUUACUUUACUAUUAAUAGUAACAUAUGUGCCAUUAUAGUUUUUAAUUCUAGAUAUAGUAUUUUUUUUAUCUAUAAUUUUAUAAAUUAGAUAAAUAGGUUUUAAAAUUUUUGGUUUAAAAUUUUUUAGGCUAUAUUUUUAUAUUAUAAUUUGUAUAAAUGUAGUUAAGCUUUUA